AUGGCUGAUAAAGAAGGUAAUUUCGUUCAAAAGUUAAGUCACAAUUUACCUCAACAAGAAUAGCGCCCAGACCACUUGGGAAAACUAGCUAGCUAAGGUAGGCCAGGAAGGACGGGGUCUCCCGGCGUAUCGUGAAGAUAAUUCAUUCAUUAUUUUAUACAAUUGAGCAAGUUAGUAGUAGCCCGCUAACGUUAGCUAGUAAGCAGAAUGUAUUCUAAAGGUUAGCUACUAAAUUUAGCUUUGUUUUAUGUCAAGAGACAACUUGUUUGGGGGAGUAAUGAGCUAGCUCGGUUGGUCAAUACUAACCAGCGUUUGCUAACAACAACAGGGAAACCCUGUCAGUGUUAACGAACGUAGCUACCUAGUUAAGUUUACAGAACACUUACUCAAUGUUAAUAGGGUUCCCCUUCUCAAUCACACCUAUAUUUCCUUACAAUGGGUUGCUUCUAAUAUAUUUUACGUUCAAGCCUGUCUCACGUGACUUUCAUACUAUUUUACAGCUGCGUUUGAUGAUGCUGUGGAGGAGAGGGUGAUAAAUGAGGAGUACAAGAUUUGGAAGAAGAACACGCCCUUCCUCUAUGACCUGGUGAUGACCCACGCCCUGGAGUGGCCCAGCCUCACUGCACAGUGGCUGCCUGAUGUCACCAGGUGGGGUUCACUGUCGGGGUACCUCUAUAUAGGAAUACAUAGCUACAGGAACGGCGGGAGUAGGGGUGCGCCCCCACCCCCUGGUUUGCGUACCUUUGGAUGUUCAGAUGGGUUUAAUGGAAUAGUAACUGAAGUCUGGACACUGACUGUAGGGCUAUAACUACCACAUGUAGCCUAAUAUAAUAUUAAUUCCUGCAGAAUUAAGUAUUUAAUUAUUGCAGUAAAAUGAUACACCCAAUGUGAAUUUUGUCUUGGGAACAGGAGUGGAGAAAUAUGAUUUAUUGCAGACUCUUUAGAGAAUGGAAUGUGCGGUUAGGGACCGUGCAAAGGUGCUGUCUUUGUCAGUGACAUAAAAGCUGACCGUAGGCUAUUUCAACCACAUGAAAUAUGCAUCCAAGACAAACUGAAAUUUUAUCAGACUCAUGUUGGAUUGUUUUCACAGCUUUUUAUUUCCUUAACCUUUAAACUGAUGUCAAUUAGAUUUUCCCUGCAAAAUGUCCUUCUGCUGUUUUAGGUUAUUGCAUUUUCUCCCUGGUCUCUACACAUCCUAGCUCUGCAAGCAGAAAUGAAAAAACUUUACCGAUGUCAACUACUAGAUUAUUGUUGAUGCAUUCAUUCUAUCAAUUAAUGAUAUUCCUCUUUAUUUAGUAUUUUAGUUCAACAAGUAAUUACAGAAGAGAAGCUGAAUAUCUCAUUAUAAACAAGUUGACAAACAAAUAGCCUACCAAAUGUUGGAAAUUAUAAGCAGAAAAAUAUCUGAAUUAGGGGUGAAAGUAAGCCGGUUCGGAGUACCGGUAAAAUAAAUGGUGGGGGUAAAACAUGAGCCUAUCACAAUUAAAACAAAGAUGGCAAGAAAACUGUAGGCUAUUAUUACACCAUAAUGUGUCAUUACUGCCUGUCAACCGCAUGGAAAAAAUUAACGAAUGGACUUAAAAACGGGUGGUAUUCGCUCCAAAAUGCGGUGUGGUUCAACAUCUAAUCUGAGCACUAACAUUUUGCCAAGGCAGAGAUGACUGGCCGGGACCGUGACACUCGCGGAUCACAGUGGACGCAUCAAUCAAUUCAGGCUUCAAGUGUUCCUAAUGACAAAUGCCGAAUGUCAUUACAUGUCUUUUUUUUGUUAUUACCGUACACUAUUAUACCCAUUUUAUUUUUUACACCCCAUAAAAAGAAAAAUCAGGCGUCCCUGAAUAUAUAGCUAUAAUUCCCAAGAAUACCAGAUACUUGUGCCGAUCACAGAUCAGCCUUUGUACGCUGCCUUUGCAAGAUUACUGGGAGUGGGAAGGUUUCUUCAGGAAGAUUGUUUUCGGUCUCCAUAUGUGUUGUUGCAAAGAUAUCCUUGUGUGGACCACAUUGCGUUUCUAGCUAAUGCCCCCUAUUACAUAUGACAAGAAAAGUGUUAUUUAAAUGGACCUAUUUGUCUUGUAACACAUUUCUUUCUAUCCUUUUAGACCUGAAGGGAAGGAUUUCAGCGUUCACAGGCUGGUUCUUGGCACACACACCUCAGAUGAACAGAAUCACCUGGUCAUCGCCAGCGUGCAACUGCCUAAUGAUGAUGCUCAGUUUGAUGCCUCUCACUACGACAGUGAGAAAGGUGGUGAGGGACAAUGUUUUUGCUACAAUUACCUUUCUGCAUGUUUUCAGGCUUUGGUUCAUUCAAAAUAUUGUACCUGUGGUGAUAUACAUUGGUCAUUUUCUCUGUAGCUCAUUUCUCUGCCUCUCUCCCUUCAGAGUUUGGAGGCUUUGGCUCAGUCAGCGGUAAGAUAGAGAUUGAAAUCAAGAUCAACCAUGAGGGAGAGGUGAACAGAGCCCGCCACAUGCCCCAGAACCCCUGCAUUAUCGCCACCAAAACCCCAACCAGCGAUGUGCUUGUCUUUGACUACACCAAACAUCCCUCCAAACCAGGUGGGUAUUUAGAGGUUGGCCAGGAAGUCAGUCCUGCUUUCUCAUUUCCUUUGAAAUAACAUGUCAUUACCUCUGUAUUACAGAUCCAUCUGGAGAGUGCACACCAGAUCUGCGUUUGAGGGGACACCAGAAAGAGGGCUAUGGUCUCUCCUGGAACCCCAACCUGAGUGGCUGCCUCCUCAGCGCUUCUGAUGACCAUGUGAGUGACUUUUCACUUGACCCAAAGCAUGUGCUUGAACAGUCUUCUUCCCUGUCUUUCCUCUCACCUUCCCUUGUUUCCCGUCUGUCUGCAGACUAUCUGUAUGUGGGACAUCAGUGCCGUUCCUAAGGAGGGGAAGGUUGUAGACGCUAAGACCAUCUUCACUGGACACACAGCCGUAGUGGAGGACGUCUCCUGGCAUCUACUGCAUGAGUCGCUCUUUGGAUCUGUAGCUGAUGACCAGAAACUCAUGAUGUAAGGCUCCCUGAGAUGAGCAACUCCCCCAGUGGACAAUGGAUUUCAAUAGAAAAACAAGUUGCUAAGCUCGUAUGACCAAAAUGAGUUAUAGCAUCCGCAAUGUUUGGUGUUGCUUAUUGAACAAUAACAUUGUUUACUGUGCAGUUGGGACACGCGAUCCAACAACACGUCCAAGCCUAGCCAUGCUGUGGACGCCCACACUGCCGAGGUCAACUGUCUGUCCUUCAACCCCUACAGCGAGUUCAUCCUGGCCUCGGGCUCAGCAGACAAGGUGGUCUGGAUCUCUUACUGCUCUCAAUUCUUCAUAAUAAUGUAGUUAGUGAAGCAGUAGUGUUGAUUUAACUGGUUGUUGUGGUGGUGAUUGUAACGGAUUGGUUCUCCCAUUUCAGACUGUGGCUCUUUGGGACCUGAGGAACCUGAAACUGAAGCUGCAUUCGUUUGAGUCUCACAAAGAUGAGAUCUUCCAGGUAUGUUAAGUCAAUAAGCUGUCAAUUAUUCCCUUUGAAGUUUGUUUUGCAAAAGCUGUGUGUUUUGAACCAGAUGGUGUAUAUAUUACUAGGUUACUGGGCCCCGUGUAGCUCAGUUUGUAGAGCAUGGCGCUUGCAACGCCAGGGUUGUGGGUUCGUUUCCCACGGGGGGCCAGUAUGAAAAUGUAUGCAUAAGAUACGACUGCUAAAUGACGUAAAUGUCGCGUCAAACCCAUCUCUCCUCCUUUCCUCCCUUUAGGUCCAAUGGUCUCCUCAUAAUGAAACCAUCCUGGCCUCCAGUGGCACAGACAGACGACUCAACGUGUGGGACCUCAGUAAAAUCGGAGAGGAGCAGUCACCAGAGGAUGCUGAGGAUGGUCCACCUGAACUGCUGUUCAUUCACGGCGGUCACACGGCUAAGAUUUCAGACUUCUCGUGGAACCCCAAUGAGCCCUGGGUCAUCUGCUCUGUGUCUGAGGACAACAUCAUGCAAGUUUGGCAGAUGGUAAGACCCCAGGACAGAUGGGGCUCUGUCAUACAGUGGGAGGCUAUAGAGAAUAGUUACCGUAUUUUCCGCACUAUAAGGCGCACCGGAUUAUAAGGCACACCUUCAAUGACUGGCUUAUUUUAGAACUGUUUUCAUAUAUAGGGCGCACCGGAUUAUAAGGCGCAUAGAAUAGAAGAUAGUCAAACGAUUGACUGGGGUUGCGUUAUGCAUCCACUAGAUGGAGCUGUGCUAAAGGGAAUGUCAACAAAACAGUCAGAUAAAGUCAAACUUUAUUAACAUUUACAUUUUACAUUUUAGUCAUUUAGCAGACGCUCUUAUCCAGAGCGACUUACAGUUAGUGCAUACAUUAUUUUUUAUACCCCCCGUGGGAAUUGAACCCACAGCCCUGGUGUUGCAAACACCAUGCUCUACCAACUGAGCUACAUCCCUGCCGGCCAUUCCCUCCCCUACCCUGGACGACGCUGGGCCAAUUGUGCGCCGCCCCAUGGGUCUCCCGGUCGCGGCCAGCUACGACAGAGCCUGGAUUAAGCGUUCUGACAACUCCGUUCACUCCCAUGGUAACAUUGUUCAAACGUUAAUGUGCAUAUUAACAAUAUCUCCCAGCCUUGCUCACUCUUCUCCCAAACGUGGAGGGGAACUUUUCCCUGAUUCAGUAAACACAUAGUAAAAGAAACAGUCUGAUACCACUAAAUCAAACGUUAGUGCAUAACUCAACAUUGUUCAGUUACGUAUAACACGUAAAGCUCACUUUUUCAGUUCAUUCCCCGUCCACGAAUCCCUCGAAUUCUUCUUCUUCAGUGUCCGAAUUGAACAGUUGGGCGACUACGGCAUCCAACCUGCCCGGCUCCCUCUCGUCAUUAUCCGAGUCAGUGUCGCUGCUGUUGCCUGGCAGUUUAGAGAUUAUUCCUGCCUUCGUGAAAGCUUGGACCACAGUUGAGACUGAUAUAUCAGCCCAUUGAUUCAUUAAUGUUGAAUUCUCUCGCUGCUGCUCUAUUCCCAUAUUCUACUGCGUGACCGACAGCCUUGAGCUUGAACUCUGCGUCGUAAGCGUGUCUCUUGAAAGCUGCCAUUUUGGGGUCUUUAUACACAGACAAGUGGUGUGGGACUGUGAGUAAGCACAGUACCAGUGUUUACUGACAACGGUAGCCGUAAUGCUGCAAGCGGUGCGGCUUUGUAGUGUACCAGUCGUACUGAAACAUUUCAUUAUUAUUAAAUUGGUUUUUCAUACUGAAACAUUUUGACAGAGCGCCUUGAGCGGCGUGUACAACCAGCAUGGAUCAACCAAUUAACCAAUUGAUCCAUAUAUAAGGCGCUCCGGAUUAUAAGGCGCACUGUCGUUUUUGGAGAAAAUUAAAGGCUUUUAAGUGCGCCUUAUAGUGCGGAAAAUACGGUACAUUUAUUCUGUUCAUAUUUAUUCAUUUCAUGAGGCAUAUGUUUUGAAAGCUUGGCAGAAGCACUAGCACAUUAUUAUUAUUAUUAUUAUUAUUAUUACUGCUACUAGUAUUACUAUUGUACUGUAAUAUGUAUAAAUAAUUGUGAUUCUAAGCAGGAGUACUAAGAAUGUCUUUCCAUCCUCCAGGCUGAGAACAUCUACAAUGAUGAGGACCCAGAGGGAGCAGCAGACACUGAGGUCCAGGCAUGA